CUGGAGCUCCCUCCCAAACACUUCAUACUGUCUUCGGAUGGGUGGGACGCAAUAACCGCCCUGAUCACACUACACGGCCACUGAAAUACACUCGAGCAACUCUAGAGACCAGCCAGUGCAGAACAAUCUUAAGAUGCUGCUCAUAGUCCUCGUCUUGUAUUUGUGUCCGGUUUUUCAGUGCCAAACUGAGGAUACUGAAUUUUCAGAGGAUGUGGACUUUGAAGAAGAAUACAUGACUUCUGACAUGGAUUCAAAUGCUGCUCCUCUCAGAAUCCCGCGGCAGGUGAAAUCGUUACUAACUAAGGAAACUAAACCUCACAUUCAGGAGCUGUCGGUCCAGACCACCAUCAUUUCCCGCUAUGCCUUCACUGCGGUGUCCUGUAGCAUGCUUAACAGACACUCGGCUGCCACUCAGGGGGUCUUUCAGUUCCACAUCCCCACUGCUGCAUACAUCUCCAACUUUACCAUGAUUGUGGGAGGACGAGUCUUUCCCAGCCAGGUGAAGGCAAAAGAGAAGAAGAUGAAGAAGGAAGGAGGAGAAAACAAUGGCAAGAAAAACAAGGACACACCAGAGCCGCGUGAGGGUGAGAUGGAGGUGUUUCGAAUGGAGGUCACUAUUCCUGGACGCAACCGUGCUAUGUUCCUCCUGACCUAUGAAGAGCUGCUGCAGAGACGAUUGGGCCGUUACGAGCAUGUGACCAGUGUUAAGCCAAUGCAAUUGGUCAGCAGACUCAACGUGGGCGUUACUAUUGUGGAGCACUCCCGCAUCACUUACCUUGAAGUCUUACCCCUACGAAAUGGCAAAACUCCAGCUUCCAAUGGCAAUGGGAAAGCAGAUGGUAAAAUAGGACCACCAGUUUCCACGGUAGUCAAACAAAACGAAACAUUCUGCAAGAUCACCUUCUCUCCCAACAUCGUCCAACAAGCCAAAAUUGCCACCAAUGGCAUGCUGGGAGAAUUUGUGGUGCUCUAUGAUGUAGAGAGGGAAACUGGAAUCGGUGAUAUACAGGUGCUAGAUGGACAUUUUGUGCACUAUUUUGCCCCCAGAGACCUGCCUGUCGUGCCAAAGAAUGUAGUAUUUGUGAUUGAUACCAGCGCCUCCAUGGUUGGAACCAAAAUCAGACAGACCAAAGAAGCUCUGUUUACGAUCCUACGCGAGCUGCGGCCCAGUGAUCACUUCAAUUUUGUCACUUUUUCCAAUCGCAUCCGUGUUUGGCAGCAGGGCAAACUGGUGCCCGUCACACCCAACAAUAUACGUGAUGCCAAGAAGUUCAUCUACAUGAUCUCACCCACUGGAGGCACUGACAUUAACGGUGGAAUUCAGACAGGCUCAGCAUUGCUCAGUGACUACUUGUCCAGCAAAGAAGAGUCCCAUCACAACAGCGUAUCGCUCAUCAUCUUCCUGACAGAUGGGCGGCCCACAGUGGGCGUGGUUCAGAGUCCAACCAUCAUUGGAAACACCAAAGCAGCAGUGCAGGAGAAGUUCUGCCUCUUCACCAUUGGGAUGGGUGAUGAUGUGGACUACAGGCUCCUGGAGAGGAUGUCCCUGGAGAACUGUGGAACCAUGAGGAGAAUCCCAGAGGAUGCAGAUGCCAGUGUCAUGCUCAAAGGCUUCUAUGAUGAGAUUGGCACUCCGCUGUUAUCCGACAUCCGGGUGGAAUACUCUGAGGAUGCUGUGGAAUACAUCACCCAGAACCUUUUCACAAACUACUUCAAUGGCUCUGAGCUCAUUGUAGCUGGAAAACUGACCAAUCGCAGCUCAGACUUGCUGCACGUUCAGGUGACCGCCAGCAACAGCGAGAGGAGCAUCGUGCUGGAGAAAGAUGUGUCACUACUCGAGCAAGAACAGGAAACUGAACGGCGGCUAGCGGAAGCAGAGGCGGGUCCUAAAGCGGAUGGUUAUGUGGAGCGACUGUGGGGAUAUCUGAGUGUUAAAGACGGGCUAAAAGGUCGACUGCGAAGCCAGACGAGUGGAGAGCGGGAAAACUACACACAACACGCUAAAAAUCUUUCGUUAACGUAUAAUUUCCUCACGCCACUCACGCAAAUGAUAGUGGAGAAACCACAAGUGCUGGCUGAUGGAACUUUAGCACAGACAGAGGCAGAGGUCACAGAGGCUCCGCCCACUCCCGAGUCAUCCAAUCAGCUGUCAGAAGAUGACAACAGUCUAACACCCCAGAGCCUGCACAGAAAUGAACCGCCCAAGCCUAUUUCUGCAGUCGCCAAAGCAACAAGUGGUGUCAGCAAACUCGCCAAAAAGUCUGUCACCUUAUCCAAAACAUCCGCUGAUGGUGACCCUCAUUUUGUGGUGGAGAUUCCUCACAGUAAAUUGACUGUGUGCUUCAACAUUAAUGGGGAGCCAGGACAUGUCCUCCGACUGGUAACUGACCAUAAACACUCAGGUGUGACUGUGAACGGUGCACUGAUUGGUGCUCCUGCCCCAGCCGGCAGUCAUAAAGAACAGAGGACAUAUUUCAGCACCAUAACUAUAGUAGCCGAUAAGCCGAAGCGCUCUUACAUUGAAGUGACCCCACAAAAGGUCAUACUGGACGACCGUGACCGGAUGAUCCUUCCAUCCAGCUCCAGCAUUUCAGUUGAAACCGCCAACCUGGGUGUGGUCCUUAUUGCUAACACAAACCUGACAGUAACCAUCCAAGGAACUAUCCAAUUUGUCAUCUUAUUCCACCAUUACAAAAAUCCAGCGCCCUUUCAGCGAGAUCACCUGGGAUUUUACAUCGCUAACAGCAAAGGAUUAAGCAAGGAUACACACGGGUUGCUAGGCCAGUUCCUGUAUGAAGAUAUUGGACUGACACAGCUUCCUGGAAACUUCAGCAUGGCCGGAGAAAACAGCACACGGGAAACACUAGGGAAAAAUAUCACUCUUCCUAAUUACCCCGUCCUAAAAGUGAAGGACCGUACUGUCACCGUCAUAAAGAAGAGCAGACGAAUCUACUCUGGAAAACAGACAGUAGACUGCUGGUUUGCCAAAAACAAUGCGGCCAAACUGAUUGAUGGACAAUACAGUGAUUAUGUUGUGUCACAUCUGUUUGACACAGGAGACUGGGCUAAUGGAACCAACUCACACUGAGACCAACACACACACGUUGAGCUUCCAAGUUGAAUGGGGACUUUCUAUAGACAUAAUGUUUUUUGUACAAACUGUAUAUUCUCUCCCCUAACCCUAAUCCUACACCUACCCAUCACUGAAAACUUCAAAAAACAUCACGUAGUAUGAUUUAUAAGCUGUUUUCUUCAUGGGGACCAAAAAUGUCCCCACACGGACAAGGAUUUCAGAUAUUGCUAUCUUUGUGGGGACAUUUUGUCCCCAUAACAUAGCGUUCACCAGGACACCACACACGCACAUACAUGUAUAAAAAACCUUGUACAUAUAUCUUAAACCAUGUUUACACUGUAAUAACCAUGUCAUUAUACAGAUUUGUGUCCUCAUAAACCAUCUAUACAAGAACACACAAAAUACACAGAAUAUGAUUCUACUGGAUUGAUGGGUCAUGACCCAAAUAUAUAUACACAAACACUUUAAAAACCAUCACAAACAUCCAAAAUCAGUAUUUUAAGUACAUGAUUUAUAUUCAGUAAUGUGUGGGCAAACUACUUUAAUGUUUUUAUUGUAGUCAUCUACAAAUAUAUACUGUAUAUUUUUAGUUAAUAUAAUAAGUUUUUGGAACCUUUUUUUUGUACUAAUAAAUUAAAUGUUAACAAUAGACUGUCUUCUUUUAGGUAAAGAGAUAGGUUGCAGAAGUACAAGUGACAAGACAAACGAUGACCUCUGAGAUUAAGUGAUGAAAUAUGCUUCUAAUUUUAAUUUAUAUGACACUAAGCAUUUCACUGUUGAAUUCUCUUUGAAGUACUACACUACCCAUAAUCCUUAAAUGAGAUACACCAAUUAGAGACAACACUGUUACGAAGCGGUAAUCACAGCAAAAGAACUAAACAGCGACUGUCCACUCCAUGGAUGGAUGGAUGGAUUUUUUAUUUUUUUUGGCUACAAAAUUUGCUUUGUUGAAAUUAUUGAAAUCUGUCAUCAGUUACAGAAAUAAAGUAACAGGGAUGCUCAA